CGAAUUCCAAUGCAAAAUAUGUAAACCGAAUCGAUCCUUCGAAUCAAACUUCCAUUCCUCCGCUCCAUCAGAAAACAAAAUACUGACUCCAUUCCUCCGGCCCUCCAAUUAGUCCCACCACCGCCACUUUCUACUUUCUAUGGCCACUUCCAUUCGUCUCCGCCGGCUGGGAACCGUCGCCCUCGCAGCCGGUGGUGCAUAUACUAUUCUCCGUGACCCCUCAAUAUCCGUGAACGACAGAGGUGGUGGUUCUGCUUUACAGAUUGUAAAGCAGAAAAUUGCAGACCCAUUUGCCGUCAUCCCCAGCCGAGCCGUUCAGGAAUCAGCUCUUAUGGGCGCCAGUUUAGCCAACCCUCUUGACGUACUGGUUGUUGGUGGUGGUGCCACCGGCUCCGGCGUCGCCCUCGACGCUGCCACGCGUGGCCUUCGUGUUGGGCUUGUCGAGCGCGAAGACUUCUCCUCUGGGACUUCUUCAAGGUCUACUAAAUUAGUUCAUGGAGGAGUUCGCUAUUUGGAGAAAGCUGUUUUUAACUUGGAUUAUGGGCAGUUAAAGUUGGUUUUUCAUGCACUUGAGGCGCGCAAACAGGUUAUUGACAAUGCUCCCCACCUCUGCCAUGCUUUGCCAUGCAUGACGCCGUGUUUUGACUGGUUUGAGGUGAUCUACUACUGGAUGGGCUUGAAAAUGUAUGAUCUGGUUGCUGGACGCCACCUGCUACACGUAUCCAGAUAUUAUUCUGCUCAGGAGUCUCUAGAACUAUUUCCUACUCUAGCAAGGAAUGGUAAAGAGAAAACUUUGAAGGGCACGGUGGUUUAUUAUGAUGGACAAAUGAAUGACUCGAGACUCAAUGUUGCAAUAGCAUGUUCUGCUGCUUUAGCUGGGGCAGCUGUGCUUAAUCAUGCAGAAGUAGUAUCACUUCUCAAGGAUGAUGUUACUGGCCGCAUAAUCGGUGCACGCAUUCGCAAUAACUUAUCUGGCAAGGAGUUUGAUACAUAUGCAAAAGUAGUUGUCAAUGCUGCUGGACCAUUUUGUGAUUCUGUGCGGCAAAUGGCUGACAAAAAGGCAAAACCAAUGAUCAUUCCUAGUAGUGGUGUGCAUAUUGUGCUACCUGAUUACUAUUCACCUGAAGGAAUGGGCCUCAUAGUUCCAAAAACUAAGGAUGGUCGUGUUGUCUUCAUGCUCCCAUGGUUGGGGAGAACAGUUGCUGGUACUACAGAUUCAAACACCUCCAUUACAAUGCUACCAGAGCCUCAUGAGAAUGAGAUUGAAUUCAUAUUGGAUGCUAUAUCUGGUUAUCUGAAUGUCAAGGUUCGGCGCACAGAUGUACUUUCUGCUUGGAGUGGUAUUUGUCCAUUGGCAAUGGAUCCUAAAGCAAAGAACACAGAGAGCAUUUCCCGUGAUCAUGUUGUUUCUGAAGACUACCCUGGUUUGGUAACAAUUACCGGUGGUAAAUGGACUACAUAUAGAAGCAUGGCAGAAGAUGCUCUUGAUGCUGCCAUAAAGUCUGGGAAAUUGAACCCAACCAACAAAUGCUUAACAUACAACAUACAACUCGUAGGUGCUGAUGGGUGGGAACCUGCGUCUUUCACCAUACUAGCGCAACAGUAUAUGCGCAUGAAAAGGACAUAUCGUGGAAAUGUUGUUCCAGGAGUGAUGGAUACUGCUUCAGCAAAGCAUUUAUCUCAUGCGUAUGGUACUCUAGCUGAACGAGUGGCUGCAAUAGCUCAGAAUGAGAACCUGGGGAAGCGACUUGCCCAUGGAUACCCGUUUCUGGAAGCAGAAGUAGCAUAUUGUGCUCGAAACGAAUACUGUGAAUCUGCUGUGGAUUUUAUUGCCAGAAGAUCUCGGCUAGCUUUCCUUGACACAGAUGCUGCAAAUCGGGCUCUACCCCGCGUGAUUGAGAUUCUGGCUGCUGAGCACAAAUGGGACAAAUCAAGGCAGAAAGAAGAACUAAAGAAGGGUAGAGAAUUUUUAGAAACCUUCAAAUCAUCAAAGAAUGCUCAGUUCCAUGAUGGGAAACACAAAUAGCAAGGAGUCGUAAAUGUAGAUCCCGAAAGAGUUGCUAACCUCCUCUUUUGUCAAGCAACUGCUUCAGGGCAACAAUGACUUGUACAACGUAGGUGUAGCUUUUCAGUUCUGCAUGAACGGUUGAUUGCCCCAUCUCUCAUCAGCCAUCAGCCGAAAUAAUAUCAAUUUGGAUGUCAUCCAUAUAUAUACGAUACUAAUUUGGAUAACAUCCAAAUUUGGAUAUCUUUACUCUUUUUGUGCAAGAUGUCUACUGGGAAGACAAAUGAGCCUAAAUAAUCCUUCUUUUGGAUGUCAUCUGUUUGUGCAAGAUGUAUGCAGUGAAGACACUUGUGGUUCUAGACUUCAGUGUUUGCUGAUCUCUGAAAGUCAUCUAUAUAAUAUUCGACAGACACAAAAUUUACCCCACACACAGUGCUGGCAUUGCUUCUGGACUAGUACUACUUAGCCAUGGAUUGGUACCUUAAUGGCUUUUCUGAUUAAGAUUCUCGUUGAAAUAUGUAUGGUGGAGUCAAGUGUUUAGAGCAUUUUCUUGAAAAAGAAAAUGAGGCAGCCUCUCCUUUUGGCUCUUUGGGCCAUUCGCCAAGGAUAUAUUUAUAUCCUUUUUACAACUUAUAUGAAAGUUAAUCAGUUGACUCUAA